AUGGCAUAUAAUAGAAAGGAGAUACAACUAAAGAAUGACCAAUUGGAGGUUCUUGAUUUAAGCAAUAAUCUCUUCAAGAAUGAAACUUUUGCAUUCCUUUCUGGCCUUCCAAGUCUAAAGUCCCUGUAUAUGAGGGACAACCAAUUGCAAAGCUCAAUAGAUAUUCAAGAUAGUGGGAGACAGCUGAACUUGACCCAUUUAGAAGAAUUUGAUUUGAGUUAUAAUCUCAUGAAUGACAGCAUAUUUGCAUCACUUAGCGGGCUUUCAAAUUUGAAGUCUUUGGAUGUAAGCUCCAAUCAGUUAAAUGGAUCAAUAUAUAUGAAAGACUUGAGUACUUUUACCAACUUAGAGGAACUGGAUAUGAGCUAUAAUGAUUUGAAUGAAUUUGUGGCUUGUUGGUGUGAUCUAAGGAACCUUAAGAGUUUGGAUAUCAGUGGGAAUGCACUUGAGGGGAUACUUCCUUAUUGUUUGGGUAACUUGACAUCUCUUCUUGAGUUAGAUAUCUCCAACAAUCAAUUUACUGGAAAUUUGACUCCUUUAGCAAAUCUUUCAUCACUUAGAUUUGUCUCCCUUUUAAGAAAUCGUUUGCAAAUUUCAAUGCCAUUCUUGUCACUUGCAAACCUUCCAAAUCUCAAGUUUCUUUUGGCUGAUGAAAACAAGAUAGUAAUGGAACCUAAUUCCUUUCAUACUUCAAUUCCGAAGUUCCAACUAAACAUCAUCAGUUUGUCAGAGUGUAUAACAGACAAAGGACUUAGUCUACAACCUCCUAAGUUCCUUUAUUACCAAUAUGACUUGAGAUAUGUUGAUCUUUCCCAUAACAAUUUCAGUGGAACAGUCCCGUUAUGGUUGCUAGAAAACAACACAAAAUUAGAAAAUCUCUUCUUGUUGGGUAAUUCUUUCACUGGUCCUCUCUUGUUACCUCAUCUUUUUCAUCCUAAUGUGUUUUUAAUUGACAUAUCUGAAAACAAAUUACAAGGUCAAAUUUCGACAAAUAUAUGUUCAACUUUUCCAAAUUUGGAAUUGUUAUUCUUAUCUAAGAAUGCCUUUGAAGGUAAUAUCCCUCCUUGUUUAAGUGGCAUGAACACUUUAUCAUUUUUAGACCUAUCGGACAAUCAUUUGUUUGGAAGAGUACCAGAAGAGUUGAUCAUGAGAAGCUCAUUAGAUGUUCUUAGGCUAUCUAAUAACAACCUAAGUGGAAAGAUUGUUCCUUUGAUGUUCAACACAAGAAAGUUGUCAAAUUUGUAUUUGGAUGGCAAUAAUUUUGCUGGAGAGAUUCCUGAUAUUGAUGUCUCUACUACUGAUUUUUCACAUUCAUCACUAGACGAUAUUGAUCUCAGUAAUAAUAGUUUUAAUGGAAAGCUCCCAAGAUGGAUAGGGAAUAUAUCGCAUUUGAAGAGAUUGGCUUUGUCAAACAAUCAUUUUGAAGGUUCUAUUCCAAUGGAAUUUUGCAACUUGUUUGAGCUUGAAUUUUUGGAGCUUUCUCAAAACAAUUUAUCUGGCUCUAUUCCUUAUUGUUUCAAUCCACCAUAUUUGAGACAUGUCCACGUGAAGAGAAACAGACUAAGUGGUCCAUUGACACUUACUUUUAAUAGCUCUUCAUUAGUGACAUUAGAUCUUAGAGGGAAUAAUUUGACCGGUAAUAUUCCAAAAUGGAUUGGCACAUUUUCUUCUUUAAGCGUCCUUCUUUUGAAAGAUAAUCAUCUAGAUGGUGGAAUUCCAGUUCAAUUAUGCAAGUUGUAUUCAUUGAGCAUCAUAGAUCUUUCUGGAAAUAUGUUUUCUGGUCCUAUACCUUCUUGUUUGGCUACAUUGAAGAAUGGAUAG